UCGGAGAGCGCCGCGCGGUCGGUGUGCCGGUGCGCUGAGGACUCGGCUGGCUGUGAUUGGGGAUGCUGCCCGUGUGUGUGAGCGCUGAGUUUGGGCAGUGAGGAGCUGCGGAGGCGGACGGAGCUGGACAGCAGCAGCAGCGGCGGAGAGGAGUGUCGUCACCAGCUCGCGUGCGGCGGAGAUCUUGCUGUUGGUGGUUUGGGACGCUCAUUGCGACCGUUUGGACUCAACUUUAACCCCCCCACUCUCCUCUCCUCCCCUCCCCUCCCUCCAAUCUUGCCUUUGCGAUGGUGACAUAUGGAAGGCUUGGCGAGCUGUUCGCGUUAGCAGCGCGAGACGUUACCGCCGUCACCGUCACCAUGGGUGCCAAUACUUUUGCCUGAAACCGUUCCAAGCAGCACCACAUAUGCGCGUGCAGCCUGUUGGAGUGCAGGGCUGUAGGGCAGAGAGCAGCUGAAGCCGAGGGAAUGGCCGCUGAGUGCCAGCCUCUGGAGGAAGGGGUCUGGAUGCCAUAAGCAGGUGGACAGAGGGGCAGAAAAGUGGGGGGGCUCGGGAGGAUGCCCACCGGGGCAAAUGUGCACUCUUCUCCGGCGGUGGCAGCCAACGCUGAGGGAGAGGAGAUCGAGGUGCUGGAGAGCACAGAGGUUCUUCCAGCAGCACCUGAAGAUCAGUGGAAGUCUCUGUUUGAUAAGUAUGAUCCGGAGAGUUCGGGCUUCAUCAGUACAGAGCGUUUCCGGGACCUGCUGGAGGCCCAUGGCUCCGAGCUCGACCCACACAAGCUGGAGGUUCUGUUGGCGCUGGCAGACGGGAAUGCAGACGGAAAAAUCUGCUACCAGGACUUCGUAAACCUGAUGAGUAACAAGCGCUCCAAUAGUUUCCGACGAGCAAUUCUGCAGGGCAGUCGGCAGCUGAAGAGCUCCAGCCUGAGGGAGGAGGUCGGGCUGGGCCUGUCCCAAAGACUCGUCCGGCAUGUGGCCUAUGAGACGCUGCCCAGAGAGGUGGACCGCAAGUGGUACUUCGACAGCUACACAUACUGCCCCCCACCCUGGCUAAUCCUGGCCAUCACCAUUGCAGAGAUGGUGGUGUUUGUGUAUUACGGGCUGCAGCUGGACCGCUGGGUGCUGCAGGUUUCCUCUCCGUCCUUCCUGAAGAGUCCUCUGCCAUAUCACCCUCAGCGCAGAGCUCAGGCCUGGCGCUACCUCAGCUACAUCUUCAUGCAUGCCGGGAUUGAACACCUGGGUCUGAACAUGGCCAUGCAGCUGCUGGUGGGAGUGCCACUUGAGAUGGUUCACGGAGCCGCCCGGAUCGGCCUUAUCUACCUAUGCGGAGUCCUGGCGGGUUCGCUGGCUGUGUCGGUGGCUGACAUGACUGCACCUGUGGUCGGCUCUUCUGGAGGAGUCUACGCCCUGGUCUCCGCCCACCUGGCCAACGUUGUCAUGAACUGGUCAGGGAUGAAAUGUCAGUUUAAGCUCUUCCGGAUGGCCAUGGCUCUGGUCUGCAUGAGUGUGGAGUUUGGCCGGGCCGUGUGGCUGAGGUUUUACCCCCCAGCCUUCCCCCCUUGCCCCAACCCAAGCUUCGUGGCCCACCUGGGUGGGGUGGUGGUGGGACUAACGCUGGGGGUGGUGGUGCUGCAGAACUACGAGCAGCGGCUGCAGGAGCAGUCUCUCUUCUGGAUCUUCUUCUGUGUCUACGCACUCUUCGUCUUCUGCGGGAUCUUCUGGAACAUCUUCGCCUACAGCCUGCUGGACGUCAAGCUACCUCCAGCACCAUGAAAAAGAACGAGCACGAGGGAUCUACAGGGUGUGCGUGUUGGAUGUGUGCGUGUUGCUACCUGACCAGUCGUUUUGGUUGGUGGUGGCUUGAGAACCAAAUGCCAAGUACCUCACUCCUCCGAUCUGUGGCAAUGUCUGUGUUAGUGCCUAAAGUGGAUCAUCGUCAUGUGCUGUCCAAAAAGAA